UGCUUCCUGUCGUGGAGUGAUGACGUCAAUCGGCUCCCUGCAUUGUUUUGACUCGGAAAAAUUUCCCCUGUAAAAUUCCACAAAAAACGCCGGAAAAACACAGUGAAGCCACAAUUUAAAAAAAAGACUCAAGCUUCAUAUCUGACGGCAGGUCAGAGGUCAUGGGGGACCAGAGUGGUUCACCAGGGGUCAACACGGACAACAGCAGCCAGCGGAACGGGGAUGAGAAACCUCGCCGUAGCAGCUGGACGAAAGGCAGGAGAAGGAAGAAGCCACUGAAGGACAGUAACGCCCCCAAGGCUCCUUUAACAGGAUAUGUGCGGUUUAUGAACGAGCGCCGCGAGCAGCUGAGGGCGGAACGACCAGACAUGCCUUUCCCAGAGAUCACCAGAAUGCUCGGGAAUGAGUGGAGCAAAUUGCCUCCUGAAGAGAAACAGCGGUAUCUGGAUGAAGCAGACAGAGAUAAGGAACGCUACAUGAGGGAACUGGAGCAGUAUCAGAAGACUGAAGCUUAUAAACACUUCAGCAGAAAAGUGCAAGAAAAACAGAAGGGAAAGAGGCACAGAGGAGAUGCUGGGAGGCAGGCGCCUGGUGAAUCCCUUCAUGAGAAGGAUCUAGAGAUAAAGGAUCGCUCUGUGUUUGAUAUUCCCAUCUUCACUGAAGAGUUUCUGAACCAUAGUAAAGUGCGCGAGGCAGAAAUGCGUCAACUGAGAAAGACGAAUAUGGAGUACGAGGAGCGUAAUGCAGCGCUGCAGAAGCACGUGGAGAGCAUGCACUCGGCUGUAGAGCGUCUGGAAGGAGAUGUGUUGCAGGAACGCUCAAGGAACAGCCUCCUGAUGCAGCACCUGGACACCCUGCGCUCAGCCCUCACACACAGCUUCUCUGCCGUCCCUCUUCCAGGCAGUGGAGAGACGCCCACACUGGAUUCCAUCGACUCUUACAUGAAGAAGCUUCACAGCAUUAUUCUGUCCAACCCACAGGAGCACCAGCACCUGAUAAUCACCGUCAGGGAUGUAGUCAAUCGCCUGGACAGGUAAUUUAGAAGCUCCGCCCCCACGUGCAGUAGCCCCACCUCCAUUCCUGCCACGACCACAUUGUCAGAUGUUUUGUCAAGGAAUUAUACAAAUGUUUUGUAUUAUUUAUUUUAAUUUUUUUGUACAAUGCUCUUUUUACCUGUUCAUUUUUAGUUUUUUAAUUUAGCAGUUGAUGUUUGUUAUGCAUUUCUACCAGAAAAAUCCAUUCUUUCCGAGUAUGCUUGUAUACACAUCUGUGUAUUAUGAUUUUAAGCUGAUUUUUAUACUUGUAAUUUCUUUUAUAUUACAUAAAUGAAAUGUUGUAUUUGUGUGAAGCGAGGCAGGUUCAUCUGUAGUUUGGUGUCUGUGCUCAUUGGACUUAUGAGGCUGAUAUGAAUGGCCAAUAUAUGUACUGUCUUGACAUUUGAAGAAUUCAAUAAAGCUCAGUUACAA